UUUAAAUACCUGAGCAGCACCCCCAAUCCCGCAUUCCUGGAGACAGCCCCAGAGAGGAGGACAUCUCGCACCUGACACUAUUUCCCGAUACUCACCGCCACCAUGCCGAAGAACACGGGCGAGCACAUCGACAACACGGAUCCUGAGAUCCCCAAGCAUCUCAAUGAGCGCGAUCUCGCCGCCGCCGCGCAGGCCGGCAGCUGGGAGGUCGAUGCCCUGAUUGCCCAGAUGGAGCGCGAGCUAGAGGCUGCGGGCGGGCUCAAGAAGGGCUUCUUCCAGCUCGAGUUCAGCGACCCCAGGCACUUUACCUGGGUCAUUGUCGCGUUUGCUUCCAUGGGAGGACUGCUUUCCGGUCUCGACCAGUCCCUCAUCUCCGGCGCCAACCUCUACCUUCCCAAGGACCUGAACCUGACGGACAGGGAGAACAGCUUGGUCAACGCCGGCAUGAGUCUGGGUGCUAUUGGUGGUGCCCUCUCCCUGGGUUUCUUUAACGAGCGCUUCGGCCGCUGGUGGGCCAUCAUGAUCUCCAUCAUCCUGUACACCAUCGGCGCGGCGCUCGAGGCCGGCGCCAUCAACUACGGCAUGAUCAUCUCUGGUCGCGUGAUCCUCGGUCUUGGUGUCGGUCUCGAGGGCGGCACGGUCCCCGUCUACGUCGCGGAGACGGUCGAGCGCCGCAUGCGCGGUAACCUCGUGUCUCUCUACCAGUUCAACAUUGCCCUCGGCGAGGUUCUCGGUUAUGCCGUCGCGGCCAUCUUCCUGCGCGUGCCCGGCAACUGGCGCUGGAUCCUGGGUUCCUCCCUCCUGUUCUCCACAAUUAUGGGUAUCGGCAUGCUCUUCCUCCCCGAGUCGCCCCGUCUCCUCAUGCACAAGGGCAAGACCCUCGAGGCUUUCAAGGUCUGGAAGCGCAUCCGCGGUGUCGAGACGCAGGAUGCCAAGGAGGAGUUCUUUGUCAUGCGGGCCUCGGUCGCGCACGAGGAACAUGCGGUGGCUGAGGGCGCCAGCAACAAGCGCUUCCCCUGGAUGGACUUCAUCACCAACCCCCGAGCCCGCCGCGCCCUCGUCUACGCCAACAUUAUGAUUCUUUUGGGGCAAAUGACAGGUGUUAACGGCAUCAUGAGUUACAUGUCUGUCCUCAUGAACCAGAUCGGCUUCGAUGCGGAGCGGGCCAAUUACAUGUCCCUGGUGGGGGGUGGGUCCCUCCUGCUGGGAACGAUCCCCGCUAUUCUCCUUAUGGAAAAGUACGGCCGCCGUUGGUUCGGUCUCGUUAUGCUGCCGGGCUUCUUUGUCGGCCUCGUCCUCAUCGGCGUCAGCUACCUGCUCUUCGACCCGAACAACCUGACCCCCUCGACGGCUCUCUACCUCGUCGGCCUCGUCCUCUACAUGUCCUUCUUCGGCUGCUACGCCUGCCUGACCUGGGUCGUCCCCUCGGAAGUCUACCCGACCUAUCUCCGCUCCUACGGCAUGACCAUCUCCGAGACGCUCCUCUUCCUCUUCUCCUUCAUCGUCGUCUACAACUUUGACGGCAUGCAGAAGGCCUUCACCCGCACGGGUCUCAUGCUCGGCUUCUUCGGCGGCAUCGCCUUCCUUGGCUGGUGGUACCAGCUCUUCUUCAUGCCCGAGACCAAGAACAAGACCCUCGAGGAGAUUGACAUGCUCUUUGAGCGCCCCACCAGCGAGAUCGUCAAGGAGAACAUCCGCGGCAUCUCGGGCCUGUGCGGUGGCGGCCGCAACCGCGGCAAGGCCGUCGCCCAGCCCGAGGGCAUGCUCGAGAAGAAGGAGGAGGCUUAGAGGGGCGGUCCAGUGCCGGCCCAUAUUACCAGACAUGACAGAUACCCCUAGAUCAUAGAAUAGAGUGCAUAGCGCUUGAAUUGAUGAUUCUGAUUUUGUG